CACGAUUUCUGUACAUUAACCAAAGUCAUACUAAUUUCUGCAUUCGAUGAUUUUACUUUCAUCCCGUAAUAUAAAAAAACGAUAUAUCUGCAAUAAGUAAUCUAGCGCGUUACAUAUCAAGCAAGUCGUUUAUAUUGUGUAAAAAUAUAGCUGCAGUAAGGCAAGAUUGCAAAAUGCCUUCGAAAAAAAGUCAAAAAUCUUCAACGAAAGGACCGUUCUUUUUUUUCAUGAUGGAGUAUAAGAGUAAGGAAGAAGCUGCUGGACGUCGUUUUACUGGGGGAAUGACUGAAGUGAUGCAAAAAGCUGGUCCGCAUUGGGAAAAGCUGGCACCCUAUGAACGGGAGCCAUACAACAUAAAAGCAAAAAAGUAUAAGGCGCACCCAACAGAUCUGAUUGGCGAACGUUACACAAGUCAAGGAAUUGCAUUUUCACAAGUAGAAACAGCAGCACAAGCUCGUCGAAAACAAGAAAUAGAAACUCAAAAGACCAUUGUUGAUAUAAUACAAACAGCUGUUAAUGAUAAUUCCCUCGAGCAGUUAGAGAUAUUUUUGAUAUCAUGUAACUAUUUCUGCGUUACAACGUCAAAUGAUUAUGUACCGGCUGAAUUGGCAUUGAUCAAAUAUAGUUUAGGAAAAGGUAUAAUGGAUAAGAUGAACAUUCUUAUUAACCCACAAGAACUACCAUUGGGAAUGGCCCAUGACGCUGAAUUACACACAAACGAAACACAUCAGUUACCCUUGCCACCGAACGCGAUUGGAGAAAUCGAUUAUGAAAAAGUUUUAAAAAAUAUUUUUAAGUUCACAGCUGGAUCGUCGACAAAACGGCAUCUGCCAUUAUUAUUCACUUACAACAAAGAUCAAGUCAUGGUAAAAAAUAUUCUGUUGGGUUUUCUGGAUGCAACAGGUAUUGAAAACUUGGAGCCUCGAGUUUAUCCGUUGGUAGAUUUAUUUUUCUAUCUGAAACAAGCAACUGAAACUUACGGGUUAGAUAUCUGCACAUUCCCGUCGGUUCACAUGGCCAAGGCACUGCUGGAAAAAGAUGUAUAUGCCUACACUUUGGGCAUAGGUUGCGAAGUUCACGAAGGUCUAGGUAAUACUGUUCAAUGUGCUCUUUCAAGAUGUAUACGCUGGGCAUACACUAUCUCUGAUAGUUGCUGUUUGGAUUUGGGAAUAGAAAUGGAAGGUGGUAAACAUCUUCCGGAUAAUAUGACUCUUCCGGUUGACGUGACUGAAACCGUAACAUGUAUCUCUUCUCGAUUCGACAAAAGUGUGAACGUUACGGAGUCAAAUCGCAAUGGACCAGUCCGUCGCCCUCGAAGUGCAGAGCGAAAACAUGACGGUGAUAAAACCAACACCACAAUUUACAGCAGUCGAAUUGGAACAGUGUCUGAGAAUAAAAACUGUUUUAAUAAUCCACGCGAUUUUCCAACUAUCCGCGAAUCGUUCAACGCUACAAAUCCUUUUCGAAAUUUCAACCCGGAUAAAGAGGAUCAGAACAAAAUGGAGUCGAUUUCAAAGAAGAACCCAUGGUCACGGGAGCUGAAAUUGAAUGAAGCACGUGUGCCACUCGAGGAGCAAAUACCUGUAGUCGGGCGAGGACGAGGAACUCUUGCUACACUAUUGGGUGGACGGGGAAAAUGUAUGGAAACUUUUGCGUCCAUCAAGAGUUUUGGACGAGGAAAUUUGAAUUACUAAUAAUUUUAUUCUUUCGAAGUGUUUAAAAUAUGAAGUCAUAUUUUACAUAUCUUUUAUCUAUUUGGAUUGCUUAAAUUUGAAGAUGAAUUAUAAUAAAACUUAAGCUGGUUUCGAAUUAUUAUAUAAAAUUACAACAAUCAAGCGUUACGAGAAUUUCUUAACGAGCAGUGUCACUGGAGAUAUAAUACAUAUGGAAUACUCGAUUUGGGCGUCUGUUACACAUGUUGUGGCAUUUACAACAAUAAUUUAUUUGACUCCCUUGCUUGAAUAACCUAGUUCAUAUCAUUGAAAUAGCAUUAGUUGAUUAUAGUCAUGUUAUCGUCAAAAUAUUUUAUUUUCUCUGAUAGUAUCCGCACAAUUGAAAUUAUCAGAUUGUUGAAAAUCAAUUAGCAUUACCAAUUUACCAUGGAUUGGGUAUCAACUCACUUCAGGAAAUGAAAAGACUGAUGCAGGCAAAACUUGGUGCACUUUCUUAGAGAAUUUUAUGAGAAGCUCAUAGCUUUCAAAAAAUGUCAUAACGCCUUUCAUAAAAAACGUCCAGUUGGUAAACCGCGUGGAAUAAUAAUCACACCUAUUCUGUAUCACAGAUAACAGACAUCCGUAGAGUAUCACAGAUAACAGACAUCCGUAGAACUAGAACACUGCUGAAUAUGCCUUUAGGACAUGUUUCAAUUUUCAAUUAUUACAAAGAUAAAACUAGUAGCCCCAGCAGCGUUUCACUAGUGUUUAAAAAAUACAAAAAAUAG